GGGCGCGCGCAGCUGUCAUGAGGGGAAGAUGAGCGAUACCGUAAUCGCUGAGGGAGCCGUUAAAAUCAGAGACGGUAAAAAAUGGAAGAGUCGCUGGCUCGUUCUGCGCAAACCCUCACCGGUGGCAGAUUGCUUGGUGAUGCAUGUGUAUAAGGAACGCGGUGUGAAGGAAAGGAGCAGCGUGACUCUAGAGCACAUCUGCGGUCUGGAGGCACGUGUCGACAGUGACGGCAUUCCCUUCACCCUCUCCAUCCUGUGUCUGACUCAAACGGCAGUGCUCGGCUUUGAUAGCAAAGAGGCAUUACAGAGCUGGGACCUGCGACUGCGCUACUGCCUCGGGGAAGUCCACAGUUUCAGUGUCUCUGUGCUUCCGGGCACUAAACUGGAAAGCGGCCCUGCUACUCUACAUUUAUGCAACAAUCUUCUGGUCCUUGCUAAAGACCUGCUGCCGGUAGUCAUCGGCCACUGGAACCUGCUGGACCUGCGGCGAUAUGGCCCAGUGCACAACGGUUUUGUGUUUGAGGGAGGGGCACGCUGUGGAUACUGGGCUGGCGUGUUCUUCCUGUCCUGUGCCGAUGGCGAGCAGAUCAGUUUUCUGUUUGACUGUGUUGUUCGUGGUAUUUCUCCAUCCAGAGUCCCAUUUGGAUUGAAGCCACUGCUGCCAGAACCCAAUGUCAGUGCCGCUUCAGUACAGGACAGACUAAACCAUGAAGCUGAAGAGCUGGAACGGAGGCUUGAUCUGCUGUCUCAAAGCACAGCGUCCAGCUCCAAUGUUGGCUCCUCAGUGGCUGGAGAUGACCGCAGCAUAUCUGGGUCAUCUGACACCUCGGACGCCAGCCAAUCAAAUUGCACAAUUAGGCACUCGACCGGUUGUCUCCGAGUCCCACUGGAUCCAGUUCACUCAAGGAAGCUUAAGGAGACUGACCGACAGAACUCAUCCGACAGUGGAAUUGCAACGGGAAGCCACUCUUCUUUCACUGGAAGCUUCUCCUUCUAUAGUGGCAUUCUGGAAGCUCCAGGUCAAGGGGAGGAGUAUGGCAUGCUGCUCAACAUACCACCACCUGUGAACCCGGAGAAGCACUUGUGCACCUGCCCACCCUGCCCUACCAAUGAUUACCAGGUGCCCUUGUCUCUGCGAUACCUGUACGACACUCCUCGCAGUUUGCUGGAGAUUGGGAGGACUUCUGAAGACACCAGAGACAGAAGUAGAUCUAAAAAUGAUACUGGACUUGUAGACUGGGGACAGACUGAGCAGUCAGUCAGGAAGCAGUCUGAAUGUCCCAGCCAAUCAGAUUCAGGCCCAGUCCUGAUCUAUACUGACAGGAUAGAAGAGACACUGAGAACUCUAGAGCUUGAUAGAGAAGAGGGUCUUAAGACAAAGGAGGAGCUAUAUGAAGAAAAGGAGCCCAAGAAAGGGGAGGUGUCUCAGAGAUCAUCUUGUAGUAAGAGCUGCUGUGACUGUGCAACCUGUUUACCUCUUCCUGUUGCCUCCAAAUCACUGUUCACUACCUGCCCCAACUGUGGAGGACUCAAGGGGGCACUUCUGCCUCAACCUGGAGUCACUUUUAAGCCUACUGUGCCAGGUAAGUACAGACACACUCUCAGAGCUUCAGGUGUUACCUCGGCAGGUGAACAUUCAGAAAUGCUUGCUAGUGAUGUCACUAGUCAACCAACCAAUCAGAAGCUAGAAGUGAUCAGAGAGUCCUGUCCAUCUUUGCCCAAUCACGACACAUGGAAGCAAUCUCCUGAAUGCAUACUGACCAAUGAGGAGGGAGGAUCUGACGGCUACAUUUCCUGUCUGUCUGAUCUUCUGGCACACUACGGACCUACCGGGAAAUCAGACCUGCGGUCAGUAAAUGGCAGCAGUUAUGAGCCGAUGUCGCCGUCUGUGGUGCCUGUAGGCUCUGAGUGCAGGCGUCCCGCUCACAGCAUACCCAGUCUUCUCUAUGAGAACUGCCUCCAGUGCAGGAGAGGAGAGGGCAUGAGUCAGCUUCGCAAACCAACCCCUCCAUCCAGAGACGUUUUUCCCCAGGAACAAGAACGCUUCCGUCAGGAACAGAGUGGAGGACUGUCUGAAGAAUAUCUGAGAAUAUCUGAAGAAGAUAAUAGACAGAGGAUUUGUGUAGAGAAAGGAAGAACAGAUCCUGCCUAUGAAAUCAUGGACAGUCGAGUGACGGAGAGGAGCUUUGAGUCAGAGAAGAGGAGCAGGAAUGAGCUAAUGGCGAGUUGUAGUGGAUCACAGUUUGGCUCUCAUCAUUUCACUGAUGGUGGAGUGUUUGCAUUUCCUGUGGACGGCUCGGCAGCAGCUGACAGGCCGAGGGGAGACACAGUAACAUACGUGAACAUUCCCACUAGCCCCACAUCCAAGAAACAGUUGCAUUACAUGGAACUAGAGCUUCAGGAGGCCAUCACAGCCAUCAGAGGGAAAAGCUCCAGUAAAUAUGCUCAGAUUGACAUAGCGGCAACUGAGGCGGCUCACAGAGCUGGUACCCAGCAUGCUCUGGUGCGAGAGGAAGGGCUGCAGAGACCUGAAAAGAGGAGGAGUGCCUCAGUGAUGACAUCAUCAUCAUUACAGCAAUAAAGACGCAUCAGUCAUCUCCUCCAUCAGGAAUGAACUGAAAGACUCAUAUCUAUAGAGUGCUCAUGUCUCACAUUGGCAAAAUUGACCAAGAUACCUGCAACAGUCAAGAGCUACACACAUAUACACACUUCUAUUGUUUUUAAAGCUAUGCUUUUUUCUAUGUUAAAAUACUUGCUCCUAUCCCAGUUUAAUAUGUAGAGACAACAAUAAGUAAGCCAGUUUUAUAGUAUAAUUGUUAUUCCGUAUCAAUUAUGGUAAAUUUUGGUCAACUUAUUUUUUGUGAAGAGAUUUGCACAUUACUGUUGUUAAUUAGACUAUUAUUGUACCAUAACAAACAGUUGAAUUACAGCCAAAAUACGCUGGAUUCGCAGGCAGCAGUUACAUUGAAUUUUGUAUCAGUUAGCAGGAAAGCUAAAGACAAAUGAGCUCAUUUGCAAUUGUCCAUGAAAUGAAUUACCGACUUAGAAACAACCACACAUCUCAAUAAUCAUCCUUCCUACAUUUAUCAAUGUGUUGAGCACCAACUGCAAAACUGAUCUAAUUCAAUGGGAUUUUACACAAGAUCUCAGUGUAUUUAGCUCAGGAUGGCAUAGAUCAAACUAUGUUUCUGUUUUUCUAGCAGUGUGAGUUUGAGACCAACGUGUACUCACUGUAGCAUGCCAGUGCAUUCAGUUUAGUGUGCGUGUAGCUAUUUUCUA